GAACGCGUUACAACAUAGCAAGGGGAUGACCGACAGUGCGGCAAAUCCGUCGAGGUCCGAGGUAUUUUGUCACAGUCACUCCACAGGCGAACAUCUGCGGUUGUCCUUGUAGCUCGUUUCCCGCACAUACAACAUUUUGAAUGAAUGUGAAUUAUCAUCUAGUGGUUAUAAGAAGGGAACGCGUUUAUAUGCACCUCACACUGCAGAAAGAUAUCAAUUUCUGUUGAAUCAACGAAGCGAAGGAGACUUAUUUCAAAAGAGUUUAGUGGCAUGUGGGUCGCCAGUUGUUGUGUUACGAUCUUUCAUCGAUCGGAGAUUCAUUCACUUGGAUGGCUUACGGUCUGACGUGUGGAAUGCUCGGCUCGGCGCUGCUGUAAGCAGAUAAAAGGAAACUCAUCCCAUCCAAAUUUUCAUCGUCCGAUUUCUGAAGGUGGAAACAUCUUUUUAUUCAUUGUAUCGCCGUGGUUGGAAAUAGGUGACCUUGUGGAUUAUUUUAGUUUGUGUUUAUGUCAGGAAUUGGAAAACAACAUCUGCGACACUGUUCAUUCAUCAGGUGCAUUGAUUAUAUAAGUUAGUCCUGCCACACCGAGCUGUACAUACUUCGUGUAUCUAAGUUUCUUUAUGUUUUAAUCUAACUUGACUGACGAAAAUGGCUGGGCGAAAGUCAGAAAUCAAGAAAGCGCAGUAUUAUGUCUGCUACCUUGGUUGGCUGGAGAGUGGAGGCAUCCGCGGACAUGAGUUCACUGAUCCUGUCAUCUAUGAGCUUCUGCAGCGCGUCCGGCAACAAUACAACAUGGCCAUCACAAAACUGACUGUGCAAAUCGGCAAGAAGGAAAUCAAACUAACACAGGAGAUGGAGAAGGGCAGGACGAAGGUCGAGAAGGUAAAGUACCCUGCAAUUCCUGCGAAGGAUCUGACAUUUGCCUGUCAGGGUCCCGCCCCUGAUGAUGACAUUGUUGCUGCUAUUUAUCUCGGGUAUAACCCCCAGACUCGCCGGGCGGUUCACGUGCAUGUCUAUAGAUGCGAUUCCCCCGAGACCGCUGCCCGGAUGGUGGGGCAUCUGAGCCAACUGAUCGACCUCCCCGACCACAAGAACAGACUUGUCAAGGUUGAGAAAGAGUUGGAGCAAAAAGGAUUCGUCAGUGGUCACUCGCAGGGUCGACCUCCACCGCAAAUUCUGCAUCGGGAUUCUUCGGAUUCUACGAAUUCCGGCAGUGAUCGUGUUGAUGGCAAUUCUGUGAUUCCUAUCCUGAAUGGAAGGCAUAAGGCUGGAAGUACGGGUAGUUCUGGGGGCAGUGGUGCAGGUUCGGAGGGCAAAGAGGCUCCGACUCUACCGGCGUACGACUCUGUAGCAGCCGAGCUCCGCGAUAAACUCCAACGCCGAAACAAACAGAUCCCUAUCCUUUUACCACCGAGGGAUUACGAUACCAUCUCUAGAAGCCACGGGAAGGUGGAUAUAGGACUUGACGUCGUGGACGCACCACCCGAAAGGAGAAAAAUAAGCGAACACAGCCUAGGUUCUAGGACUUCUAGUCACAGUGCAAGUGACAAUCAUAUCAGGUCUUUAGUAAAUGAACAUAAUAGAACAAAUGACAGCGGGGUGGAUAUUCCGCCAGACUAUGAACAAGAUGAUGAAAAUGUGUGCUACAACUCCCAAGGAAGUUCCCAGUUGCGGAUGGAGACUUCGAGAUAUGACAAGCACGUUUCGCGGUCUUCCAGUCGCAGCUCUGCAUCAGAUUGGUCCCAUGACGGCGUUAAGCACAACCAGGGCCCUCCGCAAGCUGAUGAUGGGUAUUACUCCUUCGACGGGCGGCCGCAGCAGACAAACUCCCCGAGACAUCCACCAGUUCAGUCAUUCUACCCCGUCCGUUCUCCACCCAUCGAGAGGCAAUCACCACGGGUGCAAUCAGGCGCCGAUUAUGACAGGCGACGGGCGUUGUCACCAGUGGCGCGGGAUCCUAACAUGAGGAAGUCUGCGCCUCAACCCCUGUCACCACGGGUCCAAAGUGCUCACUACCACGUGAAGCAGCAUUCCGGGCCUGAUCUAGGCUACAGCCUCCCAGAGAAGGACUUAAGGAGAGGGUUGAUGAGACAGAUGUCAGAUGACAGGAACUCAGAUAACAGCAGGAAGUCGGAACCGUUGCCUGGUUAUCUCCAAGGGAAGCCUGUUGGUAGAAGCACAUCGUUCCAGGUCCGACGAUAAGGUUCAUUGAUGAUAGGAGGAUCUGCCCAACCGGAACCGGAAGGUGCGCGAUCCAGCGCUUUGUGAUAAUUGAUGGUCAGUCCUGCAGCAGUUGUUGUGGAUGCUGGAUAAACGAUGUCAACUCGACGCUAAUUUUCGAGUAAUCUUCAACAGAGACUGUUAAAGUUAUAUUCAAUGGAUUAUACCAAAACUCAGUAAACGACUCUGAAGUCCCUAUCAAAUCUUGUUUAUACGAAACAAUAGUUUAGAACUCGAACUUCGUUGACUACACGGAGUGAACGUUGGUGCUUGGAAAAUGUCUGCCGCGUUAACACUUGGUAAAUGCUGGUGAAGUUUUGUGACAGAGGGUCUCCUUCUGUGCUGAAAACUCUCUUGUGGCGUAUGUUCACGUGUGCUACAUGUAUAUUUGGAAACUGUUGAAAUAUAAAUGGUGGACUAAUGUAACUGAAACUAGAUAGCUGUAAAUAUCAUGGAUAACGGUUCGUACAGUAAACUUGCGAUGGUGGUCAGUUCCUAGCAUACAGUAAUUGCGGGACCUAAUCAGGUUUCUUUCACGAGUUGUACAUGUAGCUGUAAAACGGAUCUGAUAUAGGAAUAUAGAAUAAUUCAAGAAGUACAUGUCAUACAUGAAUAAUAUGACAUAAGUAGGAACUAGUCUGUUGUUCGCGAUACAUACUGUUCUGUAGUUAUGAAUUAUUCGAGAACGAUGUACAUGUACAUGUACAUACUAGUAUAAUGUGGGUGCAUUUGUACUGCUCGAAGACUAGGGAACCAGCAAUGCAAUAGGUUUUUGGGCGUCUUCACGUGUUGUUGUGGAAAGACAAUCGCAUUCCAGAGGAUUAUUAAUCAAAUACACUGUACAAGUCAUGACUUCAUGUACAGCGACGCAUGGCAUUCAUGUGACGUCAUCAAUGGCUUAUUUCGGUGCUUUGAGCAUGAUACGAUGAGGAUAAUCAUAAUCAUCAUGAUUACUCGUUAUUUGUAUCAUGGAGGUCUGUGUUAAAACUGUUUGUAUUAAAUUGGCAUUGUCAACUGAGCAGCUUUUGGGUUAAAUAGUCUAUAAUUACUCAACUCGCAACUCCUGAAGCUUUCUGAGAAGCGCAUUGCAAUUCUUUCGCUUUUUCAAAUAAUUUUUUUUUCGCUAAGUUAAUUUUCGCGAAUCUUAAUUUUUUGCAAAAUUCGCGGAAAAAAAUUUAACGGUUUACAGUAUUUAUCAUCUCUACCUAUCUCUAACUAUGGCCAAAAUAAGGCGGAUAUUUAGUUUCUGGUACAUGUAGUGGCAAAAAUGGACCAAUGAAUUGUCAUAGCGUACAAUUUUCAUGACUGUGUAUAAAUUGUAAAUUAUGAUUAUGGUAAGAAAAUAAAUUGAUACAUUUAUAAGAA